AUGGAUAUUGUCGUAACGGAGCGUUUAUCUUAUUUAUUAAAAUGUCCUGAUGAAUCUGUAAUAAAAAUUCAAAAUGCUAUAUAUGGUGACUUUGGCAAGUUAAAUAGAUGUAACUUAACCGUCACAAAUGUUGUUCAAAAUAUGUGUAAUGGAAACAGUAGUUGUUUAAUUUCUUCGAAUAAUGAUGUGUUCGGUGUUGAUCCGUGUUUAACGGUUACUAAGUCCACUAUUGUAGACUACUAUUGUUAUUUAGAAAAAUCAACCUUUGUUGACGAGAUAGAGAAUAAAUACACCAAUAAAACAUUAAAUGUUUUUUAUGAUGAGUAUUGGGUAUCAUUUACGUUAUUAUCACCGGGAAAUCAACAGAUUAAUAUUUUGCAAAUGAAUGAUAAAAAUAAUAAUAGCGUGCUGACCUUAGAUAUUUAUAAUGACUUUUUAAAGAUUAUCACAUUCAAUGGUACUUAUUUUAUGAAAAUGGUAGCUAAUACAUGGAAUUCAAUUGUAAUUUCUCAAAGUUUCAUACACAAUAACAAUACUUAUGUUAUAACUGGAGUUGUUAAUGAAACUAAUCAAUUUUCAAAUAUAAGUACUUCUCCAAUGGUGUUCACCGAUGUUAUUUUGCAUAUAUUUUCUGACUGCAUUUUAAAAUCUGUCUGUAGUUAUGGAUCAAUUAAAAGCUUAUCAAUUUACAGUAAAACACAAGUUAUAUGGUCACAAUGGAGUGAGUGGUCUGAUUGUGAAGCAUCUUGUGUCAUGACAAGAACUCGCAAUUGUAGCAAUAAUCAGUUGUUAAAUUGUAUUGGAAGAAACACUGAGGUUGAUACAUGCAAGUAUAAGUAUCAAGCUCAAGAAUCAAUUGUAUUAAAAAAUGAAACAUUGAUUCAGUCAGGUUUUCUUGUUGGUACAUUAAAAAAUAUGAACAAAGAGUAUAUGGUAUCUUUGGAAGUCAAACCUACCUCAUUUGAUAAUACAACGUAUAGAAAUAUUCUACAGUUAACUGCAAACAGAAGUUUAAGUAAUUAUGGUGAUAGAAAUCCUCUUAUUUAUUUCACAAAUAAAACUGGAUGUUUAGUUGUUUCAUCAGCAAUAAAUGGCAUUAAAAAUAAAAUUCUUACAAUCAAGACACUUUCUUUAAAUGAGUGGGCUUCAAUAAAAGUUGUGCAGCAGCUUGUAAAUGGAAGUUACAACUUCUCUGUUGCAAUUAACGGAAACGUUAUUACAUCUGUAAUAAAUCUACAACCCAUAGAGUUUUCAAACGCUAAAGUUUAUGCGUCAGAUCCAUGGAAUCCAGCGCAAUCUGGUUUUAUAAGAAAUUUGAUUGUUCGCAGUGGAACUUUUGCUUCCUGGACCCAAUGGAGCAACUGGACACGUUGUAAUGCUUCUCAUGAAUUUACAAACAGGACAAGAGAAUGUAACUCUUCUACUGCUAUUGAUGAGUGUGAAGAAAAUAAGUUAGAAGAAAAAGAAUACUUUGUUUUUUGGUCACAAUGGAGCAAAUGGACCAGUUGUAAUGUUACACAUGGAUUUAUAAUUAGAACAAGAGAGUGCAAUAGUUCAAGUUCUAUGUAUGGUUGUUAUGGUAAUGGCUCUGAAGUAAAGGAAUGUUUUGUUUUAUGGGAAAAAUGGAAUAGUUGGACUGGAUGUAACGAGUUAAAUAAAUUUAUGAACAGAUCAAGGAAAUGUAGAGUUUUAAAUUCUGAGGAGAUAUGUUUUGGUAAUAAUUCAGAAGUAAUGGAAUGUCCAGCUUAUUGGUCAAAAUGGAGUGAUUGGACAGUUUGCAAUGCUUCUUACGGAUUUAUAAAUAGAACAAGGGAAUGUAAAAUUUCUAAUGCAAGAAAUUGGUGUUAUUUUAAUAACUCUGAUGUUAUAAAAUGUUUUGCUAUUUGGGCACAGUGGAGCGAUUUGAUAAGUUGUAAUUUUUCUCAUAAAUUUUUGAACAAAUCACGUGAUUGCAAGAUUUCAAAUGUUAUAGAUUGGUGUCAAGGUAACAAUACAGAAAUCAUGGAAUGGUUUGAAAAAUGGACAAUUUGGGGUGAGUGUUCAGUAACAUGUGGACUGGGCUAUAGAAGUAAAUAUUCACAACAUGAAACAAUAAAAGUAAUUAAAGUAGAAAGUUGCAAUCAAAUCAGCUGUCCAGAAAAUGGAAUGUGGGGGCAAUGGAGCAACUCAGAAUGUUCAAAUACAUGUGGAAACGGAAUUAAGUUUUUGAGUAGACGUUGUGAUAAUCCACCCCCAUCAUAUAAUGGCCGAGAUUGUAUAGGUGCCAGCAAUUAUACCGAAGUUUGUAAUAAUGAUAAAAUUUGUCCACUAAAUGGCAAUUGGUCACUUUGGUCAUCUUGGUCAUUAUGCAGCCAACCAUGUGGAGGCGGUUUACAAUCAAGAUUUCGAAGCUGCUCAAACCCUGUACCAAACUUUGGUGGUCAGAAAUGUAAUGGCAGCUUUGAGGAGUUUGUCAAUUGUACAUCUCAUAACUGUAAAAGCGUAAAUUUGAAAUUGAAUAUGAAUUUUCUUGGUGAAAAAUAUAACGAUUGGCAUUCUACUAGUACAGGAUUCUUAUCGCUUAAAAAUAAACUACAUGAUGCGAUAGCAAAACUAUACACAAAUCAUAAAGUAAAUUUUGAAGUUGUUAUACAUUCUAUAGAUAGCGAUCCUUAAGUGUUUUGUGCGACUUUUUUUUAUCUUCAUGAAAAUCUGCGGAGAAGAGCAAAAGACAAUAUUAAAACAGCUAAAAAUUGUGUAAACUGUUUUAGAUAUUAUUUAUAUAAAAAAUAAGUAAUUGUAACAUGCAACGACCCCUUGAUUUUGUUUGAUAAGUUGUGGUAACCCCAACACUAGAAUUAUUAAGGUUACUCCUAAAUAACUGCGAUUUUGCAGCUAUUAUGUAUUUUUACUUCUAAAUAUCUAAUUUUAUUUAUAAGCACCAUAUUUUUU